AUCCCCCUACAUCUCCCAACUUAAUACUACAAUUCAACAUCUCCUGCAUCUCUCUCUCUCUCUCUCUCUCUCUCUCUCUAUAUUGGAUUUUUGUCUUCAAGAUGAAUCACUACAAUAAUCAAAACCAGUCCCAAGCGGUAUAUCCUCCACCUCUUCCACCUAGCACUGCUGCGUACUCUGGUCCAUACGUGGUUCCGCCGCCGAUGGGUUAUCCAAUGAAAGACACUCAAUCUCAAACCAAUAAUUUCCCUCCUCCGGGGAAAACUCAAGCCAGGGGUGAUGGCUUCUGGAAAGGAUGUUGUGCUGCCCUUUGCUGCUGCUGUGUGCUGGACGCUUGCUUCUAAAGGGGAUUGAUAGACUAUAUAGACUACAUUUUUACACAGUCUUGGAUCAGAUUUUAUUCAUUUCAUGUAUAUUUCGAUUGUUAUUGUCGCAGCCGGAUUGGUCUCGUAGUUUUCAUUUAUGCAGACUUUAAUCUGAUUUAUUCGUUUGAUGUACAUACAUUUCGAUUGUAUUGUUGAAUAAAACCUGCCGGAUUUUUGGUA